GUCAUCUGGCAAGUGACAGUUGGGAAGCGGGAGACUUAGAUAGUGAGGUUAGAACAGAUAGAAGAACGAAGUAAAACGUGUUCUCAAAACUAAUCGUGUUUUAUUUAAAUAAUAAUAUCAAAGCUAACCUGAAACAUGGUGUCAGGUGUGAAUUAACAAGAAGAGUGAGUUUAAUAAAUAUAAAAUACAGAACUUUAGUUGAGAAUAAGAUUUUAAUAUGGAUUCAAGCGGAUUUAAACCGCCACCAAGUCUUGUAUUUGAUCAAAACCUUCAUAAAAAUUAUGAGAAGUUUAAACAACAUUUCGAAAUUUACUUAAAAGCAACCGAAUUAAGUGGAAAGUCAGAUGAACGCAAAAUCGCUUUGUUUUUAAACUCCGCUGGUGAGGAGGCUAUAGAAGUAUUCAGCACAUUAAGUCUAUCAGAAGAUCAAAAAGGAAAUUACAAAGAAGUCAUAGCAGCUUUUGACAAUUAUUGUAAACCACGCAAUAAUGAAACGUUUGAUCGUUUCAAAUUUUUCUCAAGAAAUCAGGCAGAGGGAGAAAGCAUGGAUCAUUUUAUAAAAGACUUGAAAUUAUUAGCUAAACCGUGCAAUUUUGGAACUCAAGAAGAUAGUCUUAUAAGAGAUAGAAUAAUUUUAGGGGUCCAAGAUCAUAAUUUGCAAGAAAAACUAUUGGGAAUAAAUAAUUUAAAUCUGGAAACUGCAGAAAGCACUUGUAGAACAACAGAAGCUACUAAGCUUCAAGCAAAAGAUUUAAACAAGGAAGAAGUGAAUUUAAUUCGAAGAAGAGGAUACAGUCAAGGUGACCCUAGUACUAGCGACAGUGGCAAUAAUAACGGAAGAGAGUACAGGUGCUUGAAAUGUGGCAGAAGACACACCAAAGGCAAGUGUUUUGCUUUCGGAAAAAACUGCGCUAAGUGUGGACUGGAAGGACAUUUUGCUGUAGGAUGCAAAACAGGAUACAAUAAAAAAGAUAACUUUAGUAACAGUAAGAUAAAUAAGAACAAAGGUAAAUAUUUUAACAGUCACAAUAGAAAUAUAAAUAGUAAUCAACAUGUAAAUCUUGUUGAUGAAAAUGAUUCGAGUGAUGAAGAUUUUGUUAUUAACAAUCUAACUGUAUUCAAUGUUUAUGAGAAUGAUAAUUCAGAACUUGAAAAAAUAUGGACAGAAAAUGUAUGUAUUGAUAAUAGUGUAAUUAAGUUUAAGGUUGAUUCUGGAGCUCAAUGUAAUGUGCUUCCAAUAAGUUAUAUAAAAAAAUUAGAAAGGGAGAAUGACAUAAUACAUUCAGAGCAAAGUAUUAUAGCCUAUGGCAACAAUAAAAUCAGAGUUGUAGGAAGUAUAAUUUUAAAAUGUUUAAUUAAAAAUAAUAUUCAAAAUGUAAAGUUCUUGGUUGUAGAUAUACGAGGAAAACCUAUUCUUGGAUUAAAAACCUGUGUAAAAUUAAAUAUAAUAUGCAAGCUGGAUGAAGUUAACUUAAAGAAUAAAAGAGAUCCUAAAGAAAAUUUCAUCAAUCAGAAUAAAAAUUUGUUUGAAGGUACUGGUAAGGUUCCGUUUAAAUAUAGGAUUUUAUUAAAAGAGGGUUACAAACCAGUUGUAAGUAAUUGUAGAAGAGUCGCUGAAAAAAUUAAAGGAAAGCUAAAAAACACUUUGGAUGAGUUAGUAGACAAAGAUAUAAUUGAGAAGGUCGAUGAACCUUCAGAAUGGAGUUACACCACUAUGUGGUCUUGAGGCCUCACCUUCAGAGUUAUUACAAAGCAGGUUACUAAGAACAGGUUUGCCUAUAUCCAACAAAUUAUUGGAACCCAAAACCACUAACGAGUAUGGGAAAAAAGUAGAAAGAAAGUUGGCAGUAAAAAGCUAUCAUGAUAAAUCUGCACGUAGCAGCUCAGAUUUUAACGAAAAUCAAGAUAUACUAUUUAAAUUGAAGAAGGAUGGGUAUUGGACACCGGGAAAAGUCUUAUCAAAUACUAAUACUCCACGAUCAUACUUGGUGAGUGAUGAAAAUGGCAGGGUUUAUAAAAGAAAUUCUUCCUUUCUAAAAAAUACAAAAAAUCCAACGGUUAUAAAUGCGUCAAACAACAACGAAAAUAUAAACAUAAACUGUAAACCUAGUAGUGCUGAUGAAUCAAGUGAGAACACUUGUUUGUCUAAUAGAACUGAUGUAUAUAAUGAAAACGGUUGUGGAACUAAUAAUAAUAAAACGGCAAAUGAAUGUACAAGUGUCAAGGAAGCAAAUAGCAAAUGCACAAGAUCAGGUCGGGUCGUCAAUGUACCAAAUAGGUUAAGAGACUAUUAUACAUAGCGAAAAAAAAUAUUAUUAUUAGUUUCAUGUCUAGUUUAUAGUAUUAGUUAGUUAGUUAGUAUUUCAAUUAUUUCAGUAUAAGUCCAAAAAGGGGAGAUGUUACGUAUAUGACACUUCACAGUACCAUGUACUAGCUUGAAUGUUCUAUGGUCAUCUGGCAAGUGACAGUUGGGAAGCGGGAGACUUAGAUAGUGAGGUUAGAACAGAUAGAAGAACGAAGUAAAACGUGUUCUCAAAA